AUGGAUCCUUAUUUAUAUCUUGUAGAGAACGGGUUACUUCGCGACAGGAACAGAGUGCAUGUCAUGGUUGCUAUUCAUACUUCCACCACAGAAAACUAUAGCUCACAAACCAUUGUUAAUGCUGAGUUUCCUCCACUUAACGGACUAGCUUCUCAAAAUCUUGAUAAUUCAAACUCCCAGGUCCCCUGGCGCAAUCCCAACAAGGUAGCUGCAUUAAGGCAGUCUAUGUAUCUCAACCGUCAGAAAAAUCGAAUUCGCAAGGAAGAAGCAGCAGCUCGUUUCUUCCAACCACCUUCCAAUAAUCAAGGCUUCCAAUAUCUAUACAUGUUGUAUGGGUUAGGACAGAAAUAAAUCGUGAGACACAGGCACAAAAAGAUAUCGAAGACAUCAUUCGAUAGCCUAAGUAAUUCUCUAUCAAGCCAUUACCAAAAAUAGUAAUAUAAU